CUGAGGUCCAGCCGUCGCAACAAACAAGCAACACCUCCAGCCCGACGGUCCUGUCAGUGCGCUGGCUCAGACGACUCUUUAUCACUCCUGUGCAGGCUGGCCCGAUACAAGGCCGAUCUUGACACCUCUACCAGGGCUUCAUCCUAAACAAACGGCCAGGGGCUCUCCGAACCUGCUCUCGAGCAUUGAAACUCCUCGCACUUUCUCCGUCUGCAUCUGGUCUCGCUUGCAGGAACUCCGCUCGAGGACAUCAGACCAACAUCGACUUUCGAUACCACAGCAGAGCAUCAAUCCCGCACAACUACAUAGCCGUGUUAAUAAACCGCCAAGAUUUCGGGCCCAAAAGCGAAAGCAAUGAACUUUAUCUUCAAGUCCAAACAACGGACGCCUCCCGAACUCGUCAGGAACCUCAAGGAGGCCGUUAGCAGACUCGAUGGAGCCUUGGGCGAGGGAAAGAGAAAGGCUGGCGAGGAAGUGUCGAAGAACUUGUUUCAGAUGAAGGCAAUCUUGUAUGGCGACGGAGAGACGGAGCCUCAACCGGAUCAGGUGGCGCAGCUAGCUCAAGAGGUCUACAAUAAUGACGUCCUUCAGCUCCUGGUCUCCAAUAUCUGGCGCUUCGAGUUUGAGGCCAAAAAGGACGUCUCGCAGAUUUUCAAUAACCUCUUGCGAAGGCAGAUAGGUGUACGCUGGCCCACUGUGGAGCAUCUGGCCGCCAAGCCAGAUGUGCUCUUCACCGCUCUUAAGGGGUAUGAGAACCCCGACGUGGCGCUCAAUACGGGCAUGAUCCUGAGAGAGAUGCUCAGACACGAGGUGCUUGCGAAAACCCUCCUUUACUCGGACAAAUUCUACACCUUCCCCGACCACAUCGAGAAAACUACAUUUGGUGUUUCCUGCGACGCCUUUGCCAACUUCAAAGAGACCCUCACUCGACACAAGCCCAUGGUUGCAGAGUAUCUGGAGAAGAACUACGAUCGGUUCUUCACCAUGUACAAGGGACUGCUGCAUUCGCCAAAUUACGUGACAAAGCGACAGUCACUCAAGCUCCUUGGAGAGAUUCUGUUGGACCGGACAAACUUCAACGUCAUGACACGGUAUAUUUCCAAUGAGGAGAAUCUCAAGGACAUGAUGAAUCUCCUCAAGGACAAGAGCAAAAACAUCCAAUUCGAGGCCUUCCAUGUCUUCAAGGUCUUUGUGGCCAACCCCAAGAAGCCGCCAGUCAUCGAAAAUAUCCUCCGGCGCAAUCGAGAGCGGUUGGUGCAGUUUCUCUCCAAUUUCCACAACGACAAGGACGACGAGCAAUUCGUCGACGAAAAGCAAUACGUCUUGCAGAUCAUCGAGUGGGUGCCCGGCCGCUUCUCUGAUCUUGUCUGGUGUGCUGCCCGCUAACCGUCUCCUUGCGCAGGUCAACGGGGCAGCCAAAUGCAGCAGCCGCAUAGUCUUGCUCUUGAUCCUAGAUCGAAAGCUCCUAACCACUCACUUCGUUCGCUUCGCUUCCCUUCAUUUCGCUCCAUCCUCCAGUUUCUCGUUUCGGCGUCGCCUAUUUCUCCAUCACAAGCUAGCUAAUCGAGGCGACUCGUCGCAAUGUACCAUCAUAUCUCUCCUGUCCCAUGUCUUUGUCUCCAAUCGUGCUCGUCUCCCCGAUCCCUGCUUUUGAAUUCUGUUCGACAGGACACAUCGAGCAGGGCGCGGUGGACUCAUCCAG